AUGGACUUUGAAGACCAGAGAUACGAGGACGCCUCUGCCGAGCUGCCUGGCGUGGAUGACAACGAAGAACAGCCGAUGAUCUUCGAGCGCAACGUGGAGGACCCAUACCAGCACGUCUGCUCCCAGGAACGCGCAAACCGCCCCGGUUCUUCCCGCACCAGUUCGUUUGUCAGCUCACCAUCCGGCCUAAGCUCUCAUCGUGGAUCGUUUUCCCAACAGCCGCUUCAACCGGCUUCACAGCAACAUCAAACUUUGGUCCAAGACGGAACAAAACGUGCCUCCACUGGCGACGAAAUCGCAUACAAGCAUUCAAGUCGCCACGCGCUGGAAGACUUGGUUGCUCCAGCGCUUGACGCAUCUGCGUCGCUUGUCACUGACAAAGACACCGACCUUGACAAUGUCGAAAUGAUAUAUUCCGGAAGACCACCUUCCACACUAGGCUUGGACCGAGCUUUGGGUCGCACCCGCACAAACUCCAUCCAGAACUUGCCACAGCUGUCAAGAGCUAACAGCAAUGCCAGUGCCGGUAGUAUGGCCAGUGUCAAUUCGUACGCAAGUAAUUGCAGCAACUGCACUUCCACUGCCUCUGAAAGACCCCGCAUCUUGCGUUUUUAUUCUUACGCUGACAUGAUCUCCGAUGAAAAUGCGCAUACCAGAAGACCCUCAUUGACGCAAUCUGCUUCGUCCACUUUGUUACGUCAAUCCCCUCAACCGGCGUUUUCCAACCCUUUUCAAAUUCCAAACAGACGCGGCUCUGGAUCUUCGAAUUUGGGUCCAACUGCUCCUUCGUUGAGUUCUCGUAACUUAACUUCCCAGUUAAGAACCACCUCUCGUUCCCCAUCUACUCGGGUUUCUACUCCAGUCAAUUUGACUUUGUCACCUGCAAUUUCCACAAGCAUCUCUGAUAAUGGCGGGAACCCUGCGCUACCAAAACCUAAAAAUAAAUUCUCUCUCGAGAGUAGCGGAAGUGAUUGCUCCACAAGUGAGGGCGAAAAUGAGGACGAGUCCGACCAAGAAAUGGCUACGUCCCCUAACUCGCCCACAGCAAUGCUUAACGCCACUAAUCCAGUACAUUCCCAAACGCUUUACAAUACUGUCACGAGUCCAAGACUAACGAGAACCUCAACCCAAAACAGCUUCAAAAAAGCUUCUCCUUCUUACAAAGUUCGUACCUACUCCAAUGCCAGCUCCGUUUCGCCUUUUUUGAGUGCCAAUAGAGCCUUACUCUCUAAUCAGGGUCCCGCUCAAAACAUGAACGAUGUUCUAUAUGAUGACGGUCUACAAAGUAACACCGUAAGCAAUGUUCUGCGGGAAAAAAUUAGCAACGCAAGUGAGCUGUGA